CCGACGAAACACCGGUCCGCAGCACGCUGGCGGAGCUCGGCAUCCGCGACGGCUGCGAGGCCCGCGUCUGGCACGCGGCCGAGGAGCUGUGCCCCGCGAGCCCCUUCGACGUGGGCGUGGACGUGGCCCCCGCCGGGCAGGGCCAGGAACUCUACGCGGAGGUGGCGCGGCAGCUGGGCGUGGCGGACGCCGCCGGGCUGGCGCUGUACGCGGGCGGCGCGGCUCUGCCGCGCGAGCAGGGCCUGUCGGGGCUCGCCGACGGUAUGGUGCUGUCCGCGUUCGUGUCGAAGCGCAUGACCCUCUCCGUCUCCGUCUUCAAGCAGGCCGGGGCCGCCAGAGCGCUGGGCUGCUGGACCUCCGACACGGUGGCGGAGGUGCGACAGCGCCUGCUGGCGGAGCUGCGGGCCUCGUGCGACGCCGCGGCGGCUGCGCUGCAGGAGACCCGCGCCCUCGCCGCGCUCUGCGCCGCUCCUGCGGCUCAUGUCGGUUGA